CUGGGUGAUGGCCGAGUAGAAUGAAGCUGACGACGGCAGAUCAGAGACUUGGAUGUAAGGAAGCAUGAAGGAGAAGCCCUGAGCCAGAACAAAAAGAAGGCAGGCAACGAGAGAAUGGGGCAAGCUGCGAGCUGUUGGAGUGUUGUAUAACUGCAGGCGCCCGACGGUGACACAAUCCCCAAUCUAUGGAAGAAAGCGAAGAGAGGUGACAGAUGCGCAGCCAGCCUCGUGAGGCAGAUCGAUCCAGCCGAAAUGUGUGAAUGGAGGCAAAGAAUAUCAACGAAGACGGGAGAGGAGUCAAGGCCCUUCUGUUGCACCCAAACUUUGUGCGUCGAACGCUGUUUCUUUCGUGUGACGGGCUUACAGUUCGUCUUGCCGGAGUCUGUUUGUUCGGUAAAAAGGUAUGUUCUUGUUAACUUCGAAAUAAAGUGUGAAGCCGACUUCCCAAGCAAGUCCUACUUAAGUGUCUGGCGCCGGCUCGCUCCUUGUACACUUGUACAACCAGACCGCCAUCAAAUAAGAACUUCAGACGACACCGCUAAGGUGCCGUUUAGGUACGCCUGCAGAUUGACACAGAGCACGACUCCACUUGCACCUUGGUUCGCCGAAACGAGAACCAGGGCGCACAUAAUACAUCUAAGACUUCCCCCGGCAGACAACGAUGCGGUGGUGUCUUGUCCCUCCACGUGUUUGCGAAGUGGCAGAGAGGCCGUAAAGAGGUAAAGAUGCAGGAGGGAAAGGCCCAAAAUGGUGGACGG